AUGUAUUUCCGCUUAGAAAUUCUUGGGCUCUUUGCCCUAAUUACAACAUUGAUCAGUCCGACACUGGCACUGCCUACGGUUCCAACCACCAUCCCUUCAUCUAUAUCGACCGUCUUCCACCUGCUAGGCAUCACACAAAUCGACAGCGACGUCUACGCAGUGAUCGCAGGCAACUUCUCCAUCUCUACCGUCAACAGCACACCCGGCUCCUACGUGAUCUGGAGACUCGAUGCCUCGGGUAGCGCACCAUCAGCGAGUAUUCUGGCCCGAAUCCCCGAAGCCGAGUUCCCGAACGGGAUUGCGCGCUUCGGGCAGAACCUGCUUCUCAUUACGGACUCUGCCAAGGGCGUGAUCUGGCGGCUGGAUGUGAGGUCGGGUCUGUACUCGCAGGCACUGUCUGAUCCCUCGAUGCUCCCUGCUGCGGGCCAGCCGUAUGCUGUUGGUGUGAAUGGUAUUGAUGUGCGUGGGAGGUAUGUCUACUACACGAGUACCACGCAGAUGUUGCUCUGUAGGGUUCCGGUGAAUAGUGUGGCGGAGGCCACGGGUCCUGUUGAGGUCAUUACUAGUGGGAUUACUCCGGAUGAUCUUAUGGUCGGCAAUGAUGGGACGGCGUACAUCUCGACUAACCCGGAUAAUGGACUGGUGCAAGUUGAUCCGAGAGGGAGAGUCAGGUUGGUGGCUGGGAAUCAGUUCACGAUUGCUGUUGGUGGAUCAACUGCUGUUGCUGGCAGCAAAGAUGGUUCGGUGCUAUAUGUUACAACCAGUGGGGGACAGUUUUCGCCCAUUCUUGGUAAGAUUAUUGAGCCGGCCAAGGUUGUGGCCAUUCAUCUAUAG